AUGCUCCUGCGCGAUUUCGAAGCCGGCCGAAUCCCAGUACCCAUCCCACUUGGCGUCCGUCAAUCCAUGUACCGGGAUUUACAAACCCGCAUCCUCCGCGCUCCGCCGUUUACCGAUACAGCUACACUCGUGGCGACGCACCACUGCAUGCAGUUGCUAGUCUCGUACAUCCGCUACACAAUGUCCCCUGAAGGUGGCCAUGACGAUUCCUGGAUUAGUUCCCUGCUUACGCGGGCGCCGUUUGUGCGAAUCCUUGAAUUCUUCUCCGCCGAGAUCGGAGACGGGGGCAGCCAGCUUAGGCAGCGCAAGGAUUUCAUGAAUAAUUUCCAUCGUGAUAUCAAGAUGCACGAAAAGGACGAUAUGAACUCCGUGGUCUUUGCGCGUGCGGCGGAUGAGCACCUGCAUAGCGACGUGCGUGAUAUCUGGUUUGAUGCGGCUCGUGCGGAGAUGGCGGCUAGGCAGGCCAUUCCUCAUGAUGUUGAGCAUGUCUGGGUCUGGAACGGUGUUCCGAUUCUCUUUGGAUGCCAGGAUUGUCAUUUUGAGGAGGGUUGGCGGGCAUGA